AUGGUGAAAAGUGAGAGAUGCAAGGAGACAUGGGUCGGGUUUAGCUGGCAGGCCUUUGCUGCGUUGCCGGGGUUCUUCAAAUUGUCGGCGGCAUCGGCGGUGAUGUUAUGCUUGGAGACUUGGUACUUUCAGAUUCUUGUUUUGUUGGCUGGGUUGCUGGAAAAUCCUGAGUUGGCUUUGGAUGCUCUCUCCAUUUGGUAA